CCUCUGGUUACCUGACAAAGUCUUGAUAGGCUCCUUCUGUCUGUUCAUCGAACUGCUCUAGGAGAGUAUGAUUAAAAUGGGGAAAUCAGAUGUGUGGGAUAUUGCAAUCGCAAGACAGUCCCCAGAAAUCACCCUAACAAUUGAAUUGGAUGAUGAAGCGAUCAUGAGGAUUUGGGAAUCACAAGAGAAAAAAUGUAAAGCAACACCAUCUCCAAAUUUGAUGACUACGGACUUGCACGAGACAAGGAUUGUGCUGCUGGGAAAAACUGGUUUGGGGAAGAGUUCAACAGGAAACACCAUACUGGGCAAAGAUAUAUUUACUGUAUCACCAGCCUUUACCUCUGAAACAGAUCAGUCUGUGGUUCAUCGGGCAGUUGGUGGUGGGAGGCUUGUGUCUGUGAUCGAUACUCCAGGGCUUUUUGACACACAUCUUUCACAGGCUGAACUAACUGUAGAAUUAGGCAGGAGUGUUUUUUUGUCUAGUCCAGGACCUCAUGCCUUUCUCAUUGUUCUAAAUAGAAGAUUCACUAAACAGGAAAUACAGAUUAUUGAUCUUAUCCGAGAGCUUUAUGGGCAAGAGGCUCUAAAGUACACACUCAUUGUUUUCACACAAGGGGAUGACUUAAAAGGGAGGAACAUAGAAAAAUUCAUUAAACAGAACAAAGAUCUCUGUGAUCUGGUCCAGCAGUGUGGAUGGAGAUAUCAUGUCUUAAACAACAAAGACAUGGGAAACAGAGAUCAGGUCACUGAAUUGCUGGAGAAGAUUGACAAAAUGGUGGAGGAGAAUGGAGGAUGUUACUACACUGAUGACAUGUGGAAGGAUGCAGAAAAGCUUAGAGGAGAAGGAGAGGGAAUACCUGAGGAACCAUUCUUGGCAUUUCUUAAACUAUAUUGGAAAAAGUUGGCUCUUGGAGCUGUAAUUGCUAGUCUGAUAGGUGGAGGGACAGGAGCUGUAAUAGCAGGAGCAGGUGGAGGAGCUGCAAUAGCAGGGGCAGGAGCAGGUGGAGGAGCUGCAAUAGCAGGGGCAGGGGCAGGUGGAGGAGCUGCAAUAGCAGGAGCAGGUGGAGGAGCUGCAAUAGCAGGGGCAGGUGGAGGAGCUGCAAUAGCAGGGGCAGGGGCAGGUGGAGGAGCUGCAAUAGCAGGGGCAGGGGCAGGUGGAGGAGCUGCAAUAGCAGGGGCAGGGGCAGGUGGAGGAGCUGCAAUGGCAGGGGCAGGUGGAGGAGCUGCAAUAGCAGGGGCAGGGGCAGGUAUAAGAGCUGCAAUAGCAGGGGCAGAUAUAAGAGCUGCAAUAGCAGGAGCAUUUUCAUGUACAAUACUUUUUUAUUUGUUGACAACUGCAAUGGAAUCGGCAGAGAAGAGAAGUGCAGAUGAGUUAAGCCCCCUUAGCCCCUCGCCGCUAUCUAAAUCGACAAAGAAGAGAGCCAAGAAACAGCUCCUCUUUGAUGAGAACGCGGGCUCCAUCUUUGAGGGCAGCGCUGAGGGCCCUGUGUCUCUACGUUUGAAGAAUAUGGGAUCGCCGGAGACAAGAAUGGUGUUGCUUGGAAAAACUGGUAUUGGGAAGAGUUCAACCGGAAACACCAUACUGGGCCAAAAGAGAUUUCAUGCAGCACCUGGUUUUAUCUCUGUAACACAUCAGUCUAUGGCUCAUCAGGCAGUUGUUGGUGGGAGGCUUGUGUCUGUGGUUGAUACCCCAGGGCUGUUUGACACAGAUCUUUCACAGGAGGAAUUAACUGUAGAAUUAGGCAGGAGUGUUUAUGAGGCUAGUCCAGGACCUCAUGCCUUUCUCAUUGUUCUCUCUCUAAGUUCAAGAUUUACAGAACAGGAAGUAAAGGUUAUUCAGCUGAUCAGAGAGCUUUAUGGGGAAGGGGCUCUAAAAUACACACUCAUUCUGUUCACACAUGGAGAUGAGUUAGAAGGGAUGAACUUAGAAGAGCACAUUAAAAAGAGCAAAGAUCUCAGUAAUCUGGUCCAGCAGUGUGGACAGAGAUAUCACGUCUUUAAUAACAAAGACAUGGGAAACAGAGAUCAGGUCACUGAACUGCUGGAGAAGAUUAAUAGAAUGGUGGAGGAGAAUGAAGGACGUUUCUACACUAAUUACAUGUUGAGGGAUGCAGAAAGGCUUAGAAGAGAGGAAGAGAAGAUGAAAGCACACCCAGCCCCCUCUCCUGGUGUGGUCACUGCUAUGCCUGAGAUGAGAAUUGUGAUGCUUGGACAGACUGGUGUGGGGAAGAGUUCAACAGGAAACACCAUACUGGGCAAAGAGAAAUUUCAUAUCUCGUGCCAAUAUGACCGAGAAGAACGGGUGCGGCAGCGGCCGCAUGGCUGA